UAACAUGACGUCACGACUCACCUGUGGGUGGGUGUAGGAUCUGGGAUUAGCUGUAGCCACAGUUAAUAGCCAAACAUUGGAAACACAAGACUAACACGAGACUAAGUUUUCCCCAAAAAAAAGGAGACGACGCGAGUGAGCCGAGUUGCGUUGUUCGGUUGAGGCAUCCGACUUCAGGUUGGCAAAGUUUGGUGUUUCUUGGAAGUCACCUGGAAAUCUGUGGGCGGUCAAAAUCUGUCUUUCUUUCUCUGUUUGAAGCGCUAGCAGAAGUUUUCUCUGUGAGACUUCCGCGGUUUGCUCGCCGAACAAGUUAUCUGGGAUAAAAGACAACCACAAGCGUUUCCUCUUAUGCGGUCCCAGGUAUUCUGAGCCAUGCCUGGCCACAGCACAGGGGCUCCCCAGGCGUCCUGCCACCACAAACACCACAGCUCCAGAGCAGGAAAGUACAGAGCGGCUCGGACUAUAUCCAAGGAGAGCACGGCCAGUCAAGACUCCUACAAGGAUCCUCGUGGGGAGCAUCUACAUGAGCACCACGCUGACCACUUACGGUACUCAGAAUGCAAGAAUGGUCGCAGCAGAGGCCACCCGCGUAAUGGCACGGGUCGGGGCUCUGAGACUAUAGGAUUUAUUCCUGGCUCCGCAGACAGUACGCCUACCAGCAGACGUGCCUGUGGCUCCUGCGCCUCCAUGGGUUGGAGUGGCUGUAAGGCUCUUAUCUGCUGUGUUCUGACCUGUGGAUUUUAUGGCAGCCGAGAGCCCUGCCUGCCUGUUAAUGAGAGCUCCACAGACCAUCCUCCUAAAGCAGGCAGUGAGCCACACCCUCCUAAUGGCAUAGCUGUGACCAGCCCCACUUGUGGCAUGCCUUUGGAGUCCAGCAAGUCUACCAAAGCCUCGAAGUUGACGAGUGACAGCUUCCGCUACCCAGAUGUGCGCAUCGCAGGUCAGACGGUAAGGUAUACGGUUGCUGCCCCCAAACGAACCCGUACACCCGGCAAGGGGGAAAGCCAGCGGCCUAUCAGCAACACCAGCCUGUUAUCCCGUGAGGACUAUGACUUAGAUGACCUGGGUGACACAGGCACAGACAUUGACUCUCUUAUCACCAAGAAGCUGCUGGAGCUUUACGCCCUGCACCAGAUUGACCAGCUGGCCAAGUGCACCUCUGACUCCUCUUUCUCCCGCAAGACCAACGAGAUCAGCGAGCUCAUUUACAGCAUUGCUCAGGACUACAACCUGGAGGAGCAGGAGGCAGAGUGCAAGCUGGUGCACGGAGUCAUCCGCAUCAGCACGCGAAAGGGCAAGAGAAACAAGAGCCAUCCGUCUACCGGACAGCGUACUAAUGGGAGGAGUGAUGGGACUCUCCCUGACAGUGGCAACGAGACCAUGACCAACACUUUCAUGAGCAGUGACUUUCCAGAGGUGAAAGUGUCGGAGCAAACGCCGUCAGAUGAGCUGGCGAGGAAAAUGAGACAUUACAGCGGGAGAACUUACUCCUCCAGCACCACCACGCCCUACCAUGACACCGAAACGGACUCCUCAGGCGCUCCUCUUCUUCUCUGAAGGGGGACACAGACACACAAGUACCUGAACUGACAAGUGAUGUAGCCAACUAGAUGGACAAUGUUACCCUCCUGCUGUCAUUUUUGUUGUUGUUGCUGUUACUGAGUGGAGCACCUUUUACCCUGGGGUAGUGGAACUUCUGCUCUUAAGUGGUCUCGCUAAUAUUUGCUAUUGGAGUGUCCUUUAAAUUCAUGGACCUUUUUUUUAUUUUUUAUAUAUAUAUAUAUAUAUAUAUAUAUAUAUAUAUAUAUAUAUAUAUAUAUAUAUAUAUAUAUAUAUAUAUAUAUAUAUAUAUAUAUAUAUAUAUAUAUAUAUAUAUAUCUCUCCAGCAAAUGACCCACGGAGGAAACAAUUCUUUUUUUUUUUUUACACAGGGAAAGCCAAUGCCGUUUUUUUUGUGUAUUUCUAUGCCGUGUUUCAAGUUGUUUUCAGAAAAUAAAACAUGACUACACUCCAUACAAUCUUAGCAGUCAGGCCAGAGGAUAGAGACUAAUGGUAGAACGUAACCGUUCUCAUUCUUGUCUGUGAUUGUUUAUGCAAGCCAUUGUGCAUGUACCGUAUCUAAUGUAUGUAUGCAUGGGCUUAUUAACUCCUGCCAGUUAGACUCCUCGAAAGCAUGUUUUUACCUGAAAGCUGCAUUGUUAAGCCAUAUUUUGAUGUACAUAUUUUUAUGUCAAUGUUACUGUGGUUCUUUUUAACCAUGUGUGGCAUCUGGCCACAGUUCUUUUUUUAUUCACAGAUCAGUCUUGUUUUUAACUAAAUAAAAAUCUCCAUGCUUGUUUAUGCCUUUUCAUGUGCAUGCAAGAAAAUAUCUUUAUGGUGUUUAAGUAAUCUAUUUCUCAUUUUAACUUACAGAAAAUGGGUAAUAAUGCUUGAUGCUGGCAGAGCUUUGUGCCAACCUUUUUGUUCUCUCCAGACAAGCCAAUAUAAUCUAUUCAUGCA